AUGACUUCCGCUCUCCGCUCAUCCGCGCGUCACCUGAGCUCCGCCCUCACCACCACCGCCUCCGCAUUCGCCGCCGGCCCCGCAAUCCCCCGCGCGCCGUGCAUCGCCGGCUCUCUCGAGUCUGCCGCGUCGCUGCCGCGCGUCCCCCAAAACCCCGCACGGUCCUUCUCCCUUGCGCCCCCUUCUCACGCGUCGCCGCCUCUGCCAGCAUCGCCAGCAGCAUCAGACCUCCUCGCUCGCUUUCAACUCGUGUCAUGCGCGCCGCGCUUUUCGAUAUCGGCGCAAGGCGCGCCGACCGUUGAUCGGAUCGCAGGCGCAAGCAGAUCAGCUCCGCAGGUCUCCCAGCCGUCGAUCUCCCGAUCACCCCUGCCACGAAGCUUCGGCACGUUUUCGGCCCAGAGGCAGCGACUCAGCACCCUCGCCGCGUUCCCGCGUGCGCUUGCCGCCGGUCCCGUACCCUCCCCCGCCUCCGCUGCGCCGUCGCUGCGCGUGCACGAUGCAGUGGUUGCGGCGCGGGCGGCGGGCGCGGGGCAGGCGAGGGGUGUGUUCGUUGAGGUGAAGAAGGGCGACGUGGAUCGCGCAAUCAAGAAGUUCAAGAUAAAGUUACGAACGGACAAUGCUAUUCGGGUGGCUCGUGCGCGAUCGCACCACUGGAAGGGCGCGGAGCUGAAGCGGCUGCGCGGCAAGGAGGCGGAGAUUAGGCGGCAGCAGCAAGACUUCCGGCAGAAGCUCGCCUGGAUCAUGGCCAAACGCGCCAGCAGCAAGACUUCCGCCAGAGGCUCGCCUGGAUCAUGGCCAAACGCGCCAGGUGCGUGGGAUGUGAUGCUAGGUGGGUGGCAUGUGAUGCUAGGUGCGUCGCAUGUGAUGCUAGGUGGGUGGCAUGUUAUGCUAGGUGGGUGGGAUGUGAUGCUAGGUGGGUGGCAUGUGAUGCUAGGUGGGUGGGAUGUGAUGCUAGGUGGGUGGCAUGUGAUGCUAGGUGGGUGGGAUGUGAUGCUAGGUGGGUGGGAUGUGAUGCUAGGUGGGUGGCAUGUUAUGCUAGGUGGGUGGGAUGUGAUGCUAGGUGGGUGGCAUGUGAUGCUAGGUGGGUGGGAUGUGAUGCUAGGUGGGUGGCAUGUGAUUCUAGGUGGGUGGGAUGUGAUGCUAGGUGGGUGGCAUGUGAUGCUAGGUGGGUGGGAUGUGAUGCUAGGUGGGUGGGAUGUGAUGCUAGGUGGGUGGGAUGUGAUGCUAGGUGGGUGGGAUGUGAUGCUAGGUGGGUGGGAUGUGAUGCUAGGUGGGUGGGAUGUGAUGCUAGGUGGGUGGCAUGUGAUGCUAGGUGGGUGGGAUGUGAUGCUAGGUGGGUGGCAUGUUAUGCUAGGUGGGUGGGAUGUGAUGCUAGGUGGGUGGCAUGUGAUGCUAGGUGGGUGGGAUGUGAUGCUAGGUGGGUGGGAUGUGAUGCUAGGUGGGUGGGAUGUGAUGCUAGGUGGGUGGGAUGUGAUGCUAGGUGGGUGGGAUGUGAUGCUAGGUGGGUGGCAUGUGAUUCUAGGUGGGUGGGAUGUGAUGCUAGGUGCGUCGCAUGUGAUGCUAGGUGGGUGGCAUGUUAUGCUAGGUGGGUGGGAUGUGAUGCUAGGUGGGUGGGAUGUGAUGCUAGGUGGGUGGGAUGUGAUGCUAGGUGGGUGGCAUGUGAUUCUAGGUGGGUGGGAUGUGAUGCUAGGUGCGUCGCAUGUGAUGCUAGGUGGGUGGCAUGUUAUGCUAGGUGGGUGGGAUGUGAUGCUAGGUGGGUGGGAUGUGAUGCUAGGUGGGUGGGAUGUGAUGCUAGGUGGGUGGCAUGUUAUGCUAGGUGGGUGGGAUGUGAUGCUAGGUGGGUGGGAUGUGAUGCUAGGUGGGUGGCAUGUGAUGCUAGGUGGGUGGGAUGUGAUGCUAGGUGGGUGGCAUGUGAUGCUAGGUGGGUGGGAUGUGAUGCUAGGUGGGUGGCAUGUGAUGCUAGGUGGGUGGGAUGUGAUGCUAGGUGGGUGGCAUGUGAUGCUAGGUGGGUGGGAUGUGAUGCUAGGUGGGUGGGAUGUGAUGCUAGGUGGGUGGCAUGUUAUGCUAGGUGGGUGGGAUGUGAUGCUAGGUGGGUGGCAUGUGAUGCUAGGUGGGUGGGAUGUGAUGCUAGGUGGGUGGGAUGUGAUGCUAGGUGGGUGGCAUGUGAUGCUAGGUGGGUGGGAUCUUGGCCAGGCGUUCAAGGUACGGUGGGAUGAGGAGGGAUGUGGGCAAGCUUCCAGGUGGGGUAGUGUGCUGGGGAGAGAGUGCAGCAGUGAGCAUGGAUGCAUGGGGAAGGAGGGUCAUGGCUCUUUGCGGGUGGGAUCAUGGGCUCAUGCUUGGAGUGGUAUGGGCUGUCCCUCCAGGCUGGGCAGUCCCUCCAGGUAUGGGCAGUCCCUCCAGGUAUGGGCAAUCUCUGCAGGUAUGGGCAAUCCCUGCAAGUAUGGGCAAUUUCUGCAGGUAUGGGCAAUCAUUGCAGGCAUGGGCAAACGAGUGGGAUGA